AUGGAUAAUGCAUCUAUGAGACUUAAAUGUGCCAGUUGUAAUAUUGUGAUCAGUGAGGUGUUGGCUUUUAUUCAAAAUAAGCAAGAUGUAAUGGACGAGCAAAGCCUUGUGCAAAUAUGUAGCAGUGCUUUUAGUGCGGCAGACAUUAAAUUGGCAAAGUCGUUACUCUUUGAAUCACUGAGUAAGCGGCCGACGGAGCGAAAGCGGCAUGGAAAAACCUUACGAGACCUGGAGGACAUCAUCUGUAUUUUUAAAGAGACGGAUCCUGAAAAGAUUCCGAUAUUUGUGGCCAGAACGCUAGAAAAAUUACCGCCUGUAACUUUCGAUCAUAUCGAUGUUACGGUGUUACUCAAAAAGAUAGUUUUGCUCGAGAAAAAUGUUCAAAAUUUUAAACAGCUGUAUGCUACUAAAACUGAGUUAAAUGACAGAAUUAAUGAAUGUAAUAAAACUUCGUCUUUUAUUAAUCAAGAAUUAAAUGUAAACACAAGGAGAGGUGGAGGCAGCUUUAAAUUAUUUGACAGUGGGCCGAUGGCACUACCGACAGUAUGCGGUGACGAAGCAGUGGUCGAACGCAAUAUCACCGCACGCUACCCAUCUCUUUCCCCCGUGCAGCAGCCGCCUCCUGCGUCAUCGCCGACCUCAGUUAGCGAGCAUCAGGCGCGUGUGAAUGAGACGACAAAUAAAUGCAUCUCAACAACUGAUAAGGAGGAUUGCGAACGACUGCAUUCUUACACUGCGCCGCAGUUGCCCGCGACGAUCAACGAAACAGCUGAUCGAGGCAAACAAAUUGACGGUGUAACUGAGAAGCGUCCUUUGUUUUCUGAGGUUAUGCAGAAGGAUGAUAAAUUGAAUAUGUUGGAGGACAAUGAUGAAUGGACCUUGGUGCAGAAACGGAGAAAUAGAAAUCUGUUCCUUAGUCAAAGAGGAAGUGCGGUAAUUGAUUCCGCAAAUCAAAAUUUACAGUUUAGAGCGGCGGAUAUAAAAGUGCCGCUAUUUAUAUCAAAUGUACACAAGGCGGUAUCAGAGCAGGCUAUUGUAAAUUACGUGUAUGAGAAGACUCAAGAGCGAGUUACAUUAGUAAAAAUUAAAAUGAAAAAGGAAAAACCCUAUAAUGCUUACAAGCUUUUUGUAACAAAGCAUAAAAUUGAUACAUUUUUAGAUGAGAAAUUGUGGCCAUCUGGAGUAUCAUUUAGGCGUUUUGUGCACUUUCAUAUGAGGCGUAAAAACAAGGAUGAAAACAUAGAUAUCAACAAUGGACAGUCUCAGUAA